AUGAGAAUGGAAAUAUUCUUAGAGAAAAAGCCAUUAAAACAAUUUAAAUUAUAUGAAUUGACUGAGAAUGAAUUGAAUAUCAAUUUAGAUUAAGUUACACAAUGGUAAUUAAUAGGUGAAAAUGUAUGUCUCCAGAUUAUUAAAAGAUUUAUUAAAAACAUAUCUUAGAAUGGAUUUGCUGAUUUUAUUUGCAAUAAAGAAUACAUGAUUGAAAUAUUCAGUAGAGGCCUGUAAAAAGAUUUCUAAUUUAAAAAUACUAUCUCUUAUGGUAAUCCUUUAGUUUUAAUGUCUGAACAUUGGUUUCCUUUAGAUAAUAAAUAGGAAUUAGUAUAAGCUAAGAUGGAAAUGAUUUAAAAAGAAAAAGAUGAAGAAUUGGAAGAGAAAAAGGCAUAAUAAGCUUUUAUGAUUAAAAAAAAGAAUAAAGUAAAGGGAAAGGGAAAGAUUUAAAAAAAGGAUGAUAAAAAAAAUGUUAAGAAAGGAGAAGAUGAACCUGUUUAAAAAGUAGUAGGAUAAUUAGAUUGGGAAGGUGAUAUCAGAUAAUAUAUAUUUGUAAAUGA